ACCUGUUUAACUGCACAUGCAAUUACAUAGCAUGGGUGAACCCACACAAAACAAUUACACGGACAAGCAUACAAAUUUACGUGCAUCGAUGCUGUCUCGCACAGUCAGGCCCACGCAACGCUUUUCCAUGCGGCAAGUACAAAAAAUAAUCCUGUUUGGGUACAGGGCAGAGAGACGCGAAAAUGGGCUGCAGGUUAAGCCCAUCAGAUAGCCUACAGCGAUUGGUGAGUGGGAAAUGUUAGUGAAUAGGGAUUGGAGCAAAAUGCAAAUCAUUGCACCGUCCCGACAGAGGACGGGGGAUCAUUCCGUGGACCAGGUGGAUAUGAACUAGCCCACACAUUCAGCUUGAGAAACGUCCUCAUCUACCACUCAGUUUACUCGUGUGUGACACGUUUUUUUAUUUUAUUUUAUUGUGUAUUUAGCCUUCUGCUGGACUUGUUAUUUUAACGUAAAAAAUGCCUGGCAACGGGACCUUCUUGGUGCUGGAAAACUACUUCGGGGGUAAAUUUGUGCCCUGCUCUGCUCACAUCGAUUCGUACGACCCGUCCACCGGAGAGGUUUACUGCAAAGUUCCGAACAGCGGAGGUGAGGAGGUGGAUGCUGCGGUGAAGGCAGCCAAAGAGGCCUUCCCUGAUUGGUCCGCCAGGAGUCCGGCUGAAAGGGCCCAUGUGAUGAACAAGCUGGCCGAUCUGAUGGAGAGCCGCCUGGAGGAGUUCGCCCAGGCCGAGUCCAAAGACCAGGGGAAGACGAUAACGUUCGCCAGCACGGUGGACAUCCCCCGGUCGGUGCACAACUUCCGCUUCUUCGCCUCAUCUGUGCUUCAUCACACAACCGACUGCAGUCAGAUGGACCACAUGGGCUGCCUCAACUACACCAUCCGCAGCCCAGUGGGAGUGGCGGGUCUCAUCAGUCCCUGGAAUCUGCCCUUGUACCUGCUCACCUGGAAGAUCGCUCCAGCCAUCGCCGCGGGCAACACUGUGGUGGCCAAGCCCAGCGAGAUGACCUCCGUCACCGCCUGGAUGAUGUGCAAGCUAAUGAACGAGGCUGGCGUGCCCCCUGGUGUGGUAAACGUGGUGUUCGGCACAGGCCCAGGCGCGGGCGACGCUCUGGUCGGCCACCCUGACGUGCCGCUGGUGUCGUUCACGGGGAGCACGGUGACGGCGCGCGUCAUCACCGAGCGUAGCGCCCCCUACUGCAAGAGGCUGUCGCUGGAGCUCGGGGGGAAGAACCCCGCCAUCGUGUUCGCCGACGCCGACAUGGAGCAGUGCGUCUCCACCACCGUGCGCUCCAGCUUCUCCAACCAGGGAGAGAUCUGUCUGUGUACCAGCAGGAUAUUUGUGGAGAGAAGUGUCUUCCCAGAAUUCCUGGAGAAGUUUGUGGCAGCUGCUCGGAAGUGGAAGACUGGUGUUCCCUCGGAUGUCUCCAACAACAACGGGGCACUGAUUAGCAAGGAACACCUGGAGAAGGUGCGAGGCUUUGUGACGUUGGCCCGUAGUGAGGGCGCCCAGGUGCAUUGUGGGGAGGGCGUUGACCAGCUGCUUCUCCCAGAGCGUAACCAGAGCGGCUACUUCAUGGCCCCCACCGUCAUCAGCGGGGUCGCCGACUCCUCGCGCGUCAUGCAGGAGGAGAUCUUUGGGCCCGUCACUUGUGUGACGCCCUUUGACCUGGAAGAGGAAGUGAUCUUGCGGGCCAACGACGUGCGCUUCGGCCUGGCAGCCACGGUGUGGUCCCGGGACGUGGGGCGCGUGCACCGCGUUGCCCGGCGACUGCAGGCGGGCCUGGUGUGGACCAACUGUUGGCUGGUGCGGGACCUGAACCUUCCGUUCGGAGGGAUGAAGCAUUCCGGAGUGGGCCGAGAGGGUGGGAAGGACUCCUACCACUUCUUUACCGAGGUCAAGACCGUCACCAUUAAACAAUGAGCUCAACACACACUAAAACACACACACACACACACACACACACACACCACACACACACUUCUUUACCGAGGUCAAGACCGUCACCAUUAAACAAUAAGCUCAGCACACACUAAAACACACACACACACACCACACACACACACACACACACACACACACACAGUCAACACCCGAGGGAAGGGAAGGCCAUGAUUAAGUGGCAUGUGGCUUAAGUAACCUUCUGCUCAGAGACAAGCUUACAGGUAUGAGGUAAUACUCACAAACUGUGUCAAUGUACUUAGUUUAGCAGGUACUAUUUACCUUAGUAGAUAUAAUUUAGUGACUUUAGAGUCCUUUAGUAUAGUUUAAAUAUUUUGUAGGGAUUAUAGAGAUUUUUAGUGUAGUUUGGACUAAUAAUACUAUCUUUUGCUAGUGUCAAAUGAGCCAUUAUUAUGAAAAUGUAUUAGCAGUGUAGUUAACACCAGAGCCUCUAAUUCUGUGUGCGUAUGUGUUGCUCGAUGGUGUUUUAAGCCCCCGUGUUGCGACCGUCGACCUCAAGGCACCUAACCCUAACCUUAACCCGUGUCUAACCCUAGUGCCUUCCAUGCAGCGCUGCCUGAAAUAUGACUUUGGGGGCAUAAAACACCAAGUAACAUGAUGCUGUAUCACCUCAAGCAAAGGACAGAACACUUGAGCUUGCAGUUUACUGUGUAGGCCUACAUUAGUGAUGCAGUUUACUGUGUACGUUAGCGAUGCAGUUUACUGUGUACAUUAGUGAUAUGCAGCAAACAACUGAAGCUUAUGGCUUUUCUGGGGCCACACAAGCCGUUCACUCCAUGCCCAUGUGCCUUUCCUAAUCAGUGCCUGAUCUGGACGUGAUGAUAUCUGAAAAUUGCUGUCAAUCCUGUUUUGAGAUGACAUUGGCGCUUAUAUAACUGACUUUCUCUUAAUUCGUUGUUAAUGCCAUUUAUUAGUGAUUUACAAAGUGUCUUAGAGUGUCUUCCCUUUAUGAAAUGUAAGUUUUUUGUGUCCAGAAUAAACGUCAUUCUCACAUCA